AUGUUCACUGAAAUACCACAAGAAAAUGAAGCUACAGUAAAGGUUAGUUAUGUGUUGUCAGAGUUAAUUGCCAAACAUUCGAAACCAUUCACCGAAGCAUACAGUUUGAGUGAUCAGAUAAAAAUCAAAAUAUCUAGUUUCGAGUAUUUUUCAAUCGCAUGUGAUGAAAAGGUACCGAUAACAGCUCAGUUAGCUAUGUUCUUUUGUGCUUCCCUUAUGGAAAUAAAUUUUUUUGAAGAGUUAUUUGUUUCUGUUCAUGAACUCUUAAAAAAAUAUGAAUUACCUCUGGUAAAGUUAUCGUCUGUGACUACAGAUGGAGCUCCUUCUAUGAUGGGAAAAAAUAAAGGUUUCAUUGAAAGGUUACGAAAAAAAAUUAUUUCUCGUGAUUUAAACCAAAGACAAUUUUCAAGUUUUUUAAACGAUUUAGAAAGCGAGUAUUCAGGUUUACCGUACUUAACAGAAGUGCGAUGGUUAUCACGCUCCACCAUAUUAGAACGAUUCUGGAAGAUAAAAGAUGCAAUACAAAUAUUUUUAGUGUCUAAAGAACAAGACGUUAGCACUUUGUCGGAUCCAAUGCACUUAUCAAAUUUAAAUUUAAAACUACAAGGGAAAGAUCAAAUUAUAAGAGCUAUUAACGACCAUAUUAAUGCUUUCAAAUUUUUAAAAGUGGCUUCAUUCAAUAAUAUUUCUCCCAAAAUUGAGAAGUUGGUGAAGGAAAAGAGAUACCAAACAUCGCCCAAAAGAAUUAUUAAUAUGUUUCACAUGCCUGAUCUACACGCUCCAAAAGCUGGAUAA